UUAUUCUCUUGAAAAGCGUCGUGAACGCGCAGCCCCCGGCAGGCUGCUAUUAAGUGGGUUGGCUUGGAUGCGCGCGCACGCUCACGGCGGUUUGGAGGCGCACAUAAAAGUGCGUCAAACGCCGGCCGGUCCGCGGAAUUCUACCUCCUUCUCUCAGACUGGACCGGACCUGAUCGACACCGGGGAGCGGAACCAGAGCCGGCGCAGAGGAGCCCUUUGGUCCACGCGCGCAGACAUAAUGGCCUCCCACUCAGCGCGCAUCAGUCCCGACAAACGCUUCCUCAUCUUCUUCGACUUCGAUGAGACCAUCGUGGAUGAAACCAGCGAUGACAUGGUGGUCCAGGCCGCCCCGGGGCAGUACCUGCCCAGCUGGCUGAAGGACACCUACCAGCCCGGCCGCUACAACGAGUACAUGCAGCGCGUGCUGGCUUACCUGGCGGAGCAGGGGGUCACCGAGUGCGACAUACGGGGCGUGAUGGAGAAGAUCCCCGCCACCCCCGGCAUGCCCACGCUCUUCCAGUUCCUCUGUAACCGCCCCCCGCAGGACUUCGAGGUGGUGCUCGUGUCCGACGCCAACACCUUCUUCAUCGAGUCCUGGCUGCGGCGCGCCGGCGCGCGCCAGCUCUUCCACCGGAUCUUCACCAACCCAGCCACCUUCAACAAGGACGGCCGGCUGGUGAUGCGGCCCUUCCACUCCCACGACUGCCAGCGGUGUCCCGACAACAUGUGCAAGCAGGUGGUCGUCAGGGACUACGUGGCGCGCAGGACGCAGGAGCGCGGCCGCCCGUUCCAGAGGGUCUUCUACGUGGGGGACGGAGCCAACGACUUCUGCCCGGCCCUCUCCCUCGGACCACGGGACGUGGCCUUCCCACGAAGGGACUUCCCCAUGCACCGGCUCAUCACGGAGACCCACGAAGCCAUGCCCGGGGAGUUCAAGGCGGUCACGGUGCCGUGGGUCAGCGCAGAGGAGGUGGUGCAGCGGCUGAGGAAACUGGCCGCGGAGUAAUAUAUAUAAAAAAAAAGCAAAUAAAAAUUAAAAUAUAUCAUUUAGAGCAAUAACAAUAUAAAAAAAGAUUAGUUUUAAAGUAUAAAUUCAAAUUUCUCGGGUUUUAAUCAUGCGUAAUGGAAAAAAUGAAUCUGAUUUGUUCAGUCCAAAGAAAAAUCUGAAUAAAAUAAUUGGGCUGAGCAUAAACAGACGGGUUGACAGGGUUUAUCUAUGCAAUGAACACUUCAAUACGAAUUAAUAAAAGUAUUUUUUUUCUUGUUUUCUGCAUAAACAUGACAAAUUAAGGAUUCCAUUGACAAUGGGCAUUACAACCAAUCAGUUUGUAAUUUUCUGUGUUAAGUGUUUCGUCAUUGUUUUGUCUUUACUGUGUAGGCUUUGCCUAUGAUGCACCAGCAGGAAUAAAGCCAUAAUGAAA